AUGGCACACAACUCACCUGUGCUGAGCAAUACCACUAGCCACGACCACGCGUUUCAGGCAUGGACUGGCUUGGUCGAAAGUCUACCACAUGAAAGUGACACUUGGCCGAUAUCUCAGAGUUCUAAUGACGAGCGACCACGAGAUACCGCAACAAACACUCGUGCGAUUGACCACGCAGUGCAGGACACCUUUGCACAAUUACUAUCCCGACUAAGCAACCAGUUGGUCCCUAUUGUCGAAGAUGCCGCAGACACGUUGAUCUAUUUGGGCACUCCCCCACAACUACCUGACCAGCUUGACUAUGAGCACGAGUACAUCGUCCAACAAUUUGAGCGUCCAUAUCUUAUGCGAAGCAGCACUCUGAGAGCACUUUCUUCCUCGAAAUUCGACAAAUUCCUUGGACCAAUGUCUGCAAGAACAGAACGCAGACUGAAAAAGCUGGGCGUGCAUAAAUUUGUCUCCAAUCUUGACACUAUCAAGUACUAUAUUGACCUUAGUCCAGCAAUAAAUGAUGAUGAAGCCCUGAUCCAGAUCACAGAGUUGACCGCGCCACAAGGAGCUCUGUCAUGGCAUCUUCAUGCCGCAGACUUCGGUGUUUCAGUGAGCCACAUAGCACGAGAGUCUAGACUCGGUUCUGUGGAUUUAGAAAUGCCAGAUCAACUCGAAGGACAAUCUGAAGCAGCAGUAAAACUUACCGACAUACCUGAUGAGAAGCAAAAAUCGUUGUACGAUUUACCUCUCGAAGAAGAGUAUAGUUCUCUUCGCCACCAUGUCGCCAUUGCUCGACUCCUUCACGCCAUUGUCGGAAAUGAUCCUAGACUGAAUUCUGCGCCCAAAGCCUGGACCUUCUGUAUGCUCGCAAACUAUCUUGGAUGCGCUCAAUCGCCCCGGGUGAAUACUUGGGUGACUUCAUGGUUAUUGCAAGAAGGCAACAUCAAUUUUGUUCAAAUGAACCCAGACAUCGCAUACCGCAUGGCUAUGUCUAUGCAAUCAGUCUGGCUAUUGAGGUGCACUUUUACGAUCAUGGUAGGUCAACAGGCUGCACUCGAGGGAGCUGUUGACGGUCAAGCUCCGCCUCUUACGAGCAACAGAACAGCCCAUCAUGUCGCCAGCUGUCUUGACGAUGACGAAAUCAAUAGAAUUGAUCAUGCAGCAUCAACUCUGAUCCGCCGUGUGAAAAGUGCGCUUCUUAACGUCACUAGUCACCCAGGCGUGUGGCAUUUUGAGGGCGUAUUUGGUUCGGAGAUGGCAAAGCUGAACAAUAUCGACCUUGUAGACUCAGAAAUUCAAGGCGUCCAUGAGACAGUCGUACAACAUCUCAAGUCUUAUUUCCAGCGGAUGAUGUUGAUGACCUUGAGCGAUGCCUACGAUCUUUCAGGCAAAGGCCCUUCGCCACAAAGAUUGUGUGACGUUCCUGAGAUUUAUGCUCAAUCGCCACCUUCUGUCAAGAUCUUAUGUAGAUUCUUCUGGGAGAAUCUACGACACGAGGAGUAUACUAGGGAUUACGUAGAUUCGAAUAAAAACAGGGAGAUAUGGGACAGAACACUUCUGCAUCUGCAACAGCAAGACUUUGUGCCUGACAACGACAUUGCUUAUGUCUCAAAGCAGCAAUGUCUGGAUGUUAUCAGAGAGCUCAAUAAGCUAGUCCAGCACCUGAUACACAUGGAAGAGUCGGACGCACACUCGAAGGCUAUUCCAGCAGUGACCUCUCGUAUUAAGCAAGAACAGCAAACUCAGCGGUAUCGCGACUUCAUGGCGUUACAGCCGAGUUCACCAGCGAAAAAGCGGAAAACCUCAGAAGAUACCCCAUCGACUCCAAGUAGUUAUAGAUUUGACAAAGACGAGCUACUAGCCACCAGGGAUGACUCGGAGGAGAAAAAGCAUAUGGACAGGAGUUGGAAUGCUGGUACCUUCGCAGAAGCCCACGCCAACGAUGGAAAGUCCAUCACUGAAAGGGACCCCUACCGAGCAUCCUCUACUGGAGAAGGAACACAUUUACAGACCGCCAGACUGUCGGACCAGGAGCACGCGCUGAGUUUGCGAUUCAACCAGUCGAUACUAGCAUCUGCAACUCCUUCACUGCAAGUUUCGUUGCAAGGACUCCCAUUUCGGCAAAAGCAACCUCCCAGGUCUCAGCCUGUUAUUCCGGACACCCAUCAGCUCAUUCCAGUGGGUACCAUCGAACAACGUCGAGAGAUGUCCUCCGACACCAUCUCUCAUGCAUACACUAACGACUCGGCCCUCGAUGAUGGGGACGCUGAGCCCUCUACCUUCUCAAUCUCCUCCAAAAGAGCUCAUACCAGUGAUGACUUCUCCUCGAUCCCCCAAGACAACGAUACGCUCGCCGCAACAACCCGCAAUGUCAUCGACCCAAAUAAACCUCUAGGACUAGACCGCUCCUACGAUACGCGCCAUCGCACGAUCGACGGCAUGACCCUCCUAGGAAGCAUCUCCCGACACAUCAAAACCCGACUAGAACCCAUGGUAAGCCCUGGCUACGUCACCGACGGCACGUGCGACUUCGACAUCCCUGUCAAUCGUAUCCCUACACUUCUCUGCCUCACCGAAGACGAGUACAAAUACCUACCAAUGUGGGCUGGUGGUCUCGAUGACGGCAGUGGAGGUGUAUUUGAUGAUGGCAUGGAAGUUCCUGAUGCGCCGGAUACCGCAGAAGGUGGCUUUCGAGGUGGUGCUAUCGGUAUUAUUCCUGGUGUUGGGAGUUCGCUGGGAGGAAGUAUGGCUGGAAGUGAGUUUGAGGAUAUCGGUACAGAGGUUGGUAUCAGCACGGUAGGGAAAGCUAGUCGGUAUGCGACGGAUGGAACGGCUACGGAAACUGUGAUUAGUUUGGACGACUAA